CCUCUCAGCCUUUUUGGUACACCACAAUGCUUCAUCAUUGCAUUUGCACUGCUCCAUCCACCAUUUUCAUUCAUUGGGCCUGGUCCCAAGUUAUAUUCUUGACGUUUGCAUGAAUCAAAUUUUAGCUAAGAAAAGUUUGGGAGUCAUAGCAGUUGAAGUCACCCAAAGGAUUGAGGCAUAAAUUUAGGUGGGAUAGUAGCCAGAAAGAGAACAUGAUUGAAGCAGAAAAAGGCCAUGGAGAACUCUGAAAUGAGUGCAACACUUUUGAGAAGACUAGAAGAUUCAGUGAAGUUGAAAUCAUUGCCUUCAACAUUUACCGUUGCAAGGCCCCAGUGAAGUUGAAAUCACCAUAGAAAUAUGAGCCUUAUCAUCAACACCAGAGGUUCAAACAUAAGCAACUUUGAUGAAUCUUUGGACGCCAUUCUUCAUGAGCAUGCUUUCAGAGUUAUGAUUCACCGCCGGCCGCACACCGGUGCGCUCUAUAACGCCACUCUCCCUGCAAAUCUUGCAGGGAUGAAGGUUUCGGUUGUGGGGCUCAGAAGCACAACUCUGUGGAGAAAAGGUGCCAAUUUCAGUGACUUCAUGAUCCCACCAAGAACACUACCUGUGCCUUAUGUGAAAAGGCUGCUCAUAGUUUACCAUAACUUGGGAAACUGGUCUUCUUCAUACUAUUCCUUGUCAGGGUACACAAUGGUGACUCCUGUUGUUGGUUUGCUGGUAUAUGAUGCAUCACAUUUGAGCAGCAAGAACUUGUCGAAGCUCGAGCUCAACACGAUGGGGAAGCCCAUAUCGAUUGAGUUCCAGGAUUCGAUGCUGGUUGUACAGAGAGAUCGAAGGAUAAAGUGUGCUUUCUUUGGUGGUUCUGGUGAAGUUUUUCUGAGUGAAAUGAGCUUGCCAAAUGUGUGUUACAGCACGAAUCAAGGCCAUUUCUCGAUAGUCGUUCCGCUCGAGAAGAAGCAGGAGAUUUGGCCCUUGUGGGUUGUGGGUUUUCUGGCUGGAUUUGUGGGGUUGAUUUUAGUGGGAUUGGCAGGGAUAGUGGCCGUUAGAUCAUUCGUCGGGAAGAGAACUCAAGAAAUGGAGAAGGAAGCAGAUGAUGGGGAGUGUCUGCAAACAUAUUGGAUUUCUAGCAGCAAAAUGCCACUAGCCGAAGUGACGAGAACUCGGCCUGUGCUUGAGACUACAGCUGUCCCAAAUCUGAAGCUUUCUUGGUAUGCUUAAUAAUGUGCCCACUUUUCCUUGUUUUCUUUUAUUUAACACCGUUGAGAUAUCAGGGUCUGUUUUCGGAUUGUAAUCUGUGAAUGUUCCAACAUAUGUUAACUGGUUUGAUCUGUUGUAAAUUAAAAAGACUGAACAAUACAUGAUUCAGAUGCACAUAAAGUGAGUCUUUUACAGCCAUAUUGACUGUCUGAAGGAUGAGUGCUGUAUCUGGCAAAUCAGUGAUUAGGGUUGGGUUCGGAAAGGGUCAAGUCCAAAAUGGUCCUAAGUACCACGGGUUCAGAAUGGGUCGAGUGAAACCCGAAGAAGUGACCAUAAGAACCAGAGCAAGAUGUUGUCACAUGGCCAUAGUCCUGGAACCCCUGAUUAUAGAACAGUGUAUUCACUAUACUCCACAAUUGAAAAACUGCAGUUAUGCGCUGGAGACUAUUAUGACAUAUCAUUAUAUGAUUCAAAGUCACAAAAAAGUUGUAAUUAAAAGACAUCACAACAUCAUUAAAGGCAAACCAUCAAAACCACAAAAUUUAAAACUUCCAAUUAACAGCAUAAAACCGUCAAAUAAUCAAGUCCUUGAAACCAGGUCAAUUUGUCCACAGUGGGACUACAAUCGGGGGCAGAAUGCUAAAAAAUUUCCACUUUUUUAUGUUUGUAAAUGAUUGGAGCUUAUUGUGUUCCUAUUAAGAUGUGUUCAAGGGGAUUUCCAUUAGGUCAGAAUAGAACUUCUCCAAUAAGCAUCCAUUCAUCAUGAUGCACAAGCAUCCAUUCAUCAUGUUGUGCAUCGAUUUAUCGUACAAGAACAAAGCAUAUGGAAAAGCAGUAGCUCUACACAAAUUACAACUUCUAGAGAUUUAAGAAAUGAAUAUAGUCAGGAGCAUAUCUCAGCCAAAUUGUAAGUGCGAUUCAGACGAACAAGCUGAUGACAAGAAAGAACAUCCCCAAAAAAAUCAGUGACAGCUAUUCGUUCAAAUCAACAGUAAUGGAUCAACUACCAGAACAAGGAAAAAACUAAUGUGCAUGCACACCCCAAUAGAGUAAGAGGAACACACCACAACCUCAAGAAUAUAUAUGUUAAUUAGACUCCACCCAUAUUUCAAGAAGUAAUUAACUUCCCUCCUAAAUUCACUAAAUGACCGUCCAUACUGAAUUACUCAUUGACCUAAAGUUGCACAUGAUCUACAUAGCAG